AUGGUCAAAAGGAGUCUUUUCCUUCGCGAAGAGAUCCGGGGUCAUUGUAUUAGAUACGUUAUAUCAUCCAUCCAACCGUCAUCAGUCGGGUGCUUAGCAGGAGUAGGAAUAGCAUCGGCCCAAGCUUCCGCGGCUUCGUUGAGUUCUUUCUUCUAUCGGUUCAUCUCAUUACUUCCUUAUUUAGCGGAUUCUAAUGGCAAGGAUGCUAAGUUAGCAUUGGCUGGCUGA